UUGCUCUCUUCCCCAUUUCGCUGCUUUGUUUUCAUUGUCGCUCUUUUGAUCAUGGCUGCCCAUUCUACCGAAGAACCGUUCCCCUUCCACGGGCUGCUCCCCAAAAAAGAAACUGGCGCCGCGUCUUAUCUCACCAGGUUCCCCGAGUACGAUGGCCGAGGAGUGCUCAUCGCUAUCCUCGACACCGGCGUGGAUCCCGGGGCCCCCGGCAUGCAGGUCACAACUGAGGGGAAGCCAAAGAUUGUCGACAUCAUUGAUACAACAGGCAGCGGUGACGUGAACAUGACCACAGUGGCAGAACCUAAAGAUGGGACAGUCACUGGCCUCUCUGGUCGAACACUUAAGAUCCCUCCUGCCUGGGUCAAUCCAUCAGGGAAGUAUCGCAUUGGAGUUAAAAAUGGCUAUGAGUUCUUCCCUAAGGCUCUCAAAGAAAGAAUACAGAAAGAGCGAAAGGAGAAGUUGUGGGACCCACCACACCGAGCAGCACUAGCAGAGGUGUCUCGCAAGACAGAAGAGUUUGACCUCUCUCAUCCAACACCCUCACAGGUAGAGAAGUUGCAGAAAGAAGAGCUGCAGAGCCAGUCAGAGCUGCUGGCAUCACUAGAAAAGAAGUACAGUGAUCCUGGUCCUGUAUAUGAUUGUGUGCUUUGGCACGAUGGAGUCACAUGGAGGGCUGUGGUCGACACUUCAGAAAGUGGAGAGCUGUCCCAGUGCACUGUGCUGAGCUCCUACAAAGAGUCACAAGAGUAUGCCACAUUAGGAAAUGCUGAAAUGCUUAACUACUCUGUUAAUAUUUACGAUGAAGGAAACACACUCUGCAUCGUCACGAGUGGAGGGGCUCAUGGGACACACGUGGCAAGCAUUGCAGCAGGUUACUUCCCAGAAGAGCCCGAGCGCAAUGGUGUGGCCCCUGGUGCCCAAAUCCUGGCUGUGAAGAUUGGAGACACCCGCCUAAGCACCAUGGAAACAGGCACAGGACUCAUCCGCGCGAUGAUUGAAGUCAUCAACUACAAGUGUGACCUGGUUAACUAUAGCUAUGGGGAAGCCACCCACUGGCCCAAUACAGGGAGGAUUUGUGAGGUGAUCACAGAGGCUGUGCAGAAGCACAAUGUAAUAUUUGUGUCAAGUGCAGGAAACAACGGCCCAUGCCUCUCCACAGUCGGCUGCCCGGGGGGAACCACCAGCAGUGUCAUAGGAGUUGGAGCAUAUGUGACCCCGGACAUGAUGGUGGCAGAGUAUUCCCUGAGGGAGAAGCUGCCUCCUAAUCAGUACACCUGGUCGUCCAGAGGCCCCAGCACAGACGGGGCCCUGGGGGUCAGCAUCAGUGCGCCUGGCGGUGCCAUUGCGUCCGUACCCAACUGGACUCUUCGUGGCACCCAGCUGAUGAACGGCACAUCUAUGUCAUCCCCUAAUGCCUGUGGAGGCAUCGCACUAAUCCUCUCAGGACUAAAGCAGAGUGGGAUCCCUCCCUCUGUUCCUGCGGUGAGGAGGGCGCUGGAGCACACAGCUCUGAAGGUUGAUGACAUCGAGGUGUUUGCGCAGGGCCAUGGAAUAAUCCAGGUGGACAAGGCAUUAGACUACCUCAUUCAACACGCCUCUUUACCCACAAGCCACCUAGGCUUCCAAGUAACUGUGGGAUCACAGAGAGGCAUCUACCUCAGGGACCCAGCCCACGUUCUUGCACCUUCAGAUCACGGAGUAGGAAUUGAACCCAUCUUCCCGGAGAACACAGGAAACUCCGAGCGAAUCUCCUUGCAGCUACACUUGGCGCUCACGUGUGCCGCCCCGUGGGUCCAGUGCCCCUCCCAUCUAGAGCUGAUGAACCAGUGUCGUCAUGUCAAUGUCCGCAUCGAUCCUGUGGGACUGAGAGAGGGUGUGCACUACACAGAGGUGUGUGGGUAUGAUACAUCAGCACCGACCUGUGGCCCCCUAUUCAGAGUUCCAAUCACAGUUAUUGUCCCCACCAAAGUGACAGACAGUCGGAAUCAGGAGGUGAGUUUCACAGACGUCCACUUCAGACCAGGACAAAUCAGACGCCACUUCAUCACUGUUCCUCAGGGAGCCUCCUGGGCAGAGAUCACGCUGACCUCUCAUUCAGGAGAUGUGUCGUCGAAGUUUGUUCUCCAUGCGGUGCACCUGGUCAAACAGAGAGCGUACAGAGCGAAUGAAUUCUACAAGUUCUCUUCACUGUUGGAAAGAGGCUCGCUAACAGAGGCUUUCCCUGUGCUGUCAGGAAGGGUAGUAGAGUUGUGCAUUGCACGCUGGUGGGCGAGCCUGGGUGACGUCACAGUGGACUACAACAUCUCGUUCCACGGACUCAACAUUUCCCCUUCACCCCUGCACAUACACGCCUCAGAGGGAGUGACGAGUUUUGACGUGUCGUCGCCUCUGAGGUACGAGGAGGUGUCCCCCACUAUUACCCUCAAGUCGUGGGUUCAGCCUCUUAGGCCCUUAAGUUCUAAGAUAAAGGCUCUGGGACUGAGGGACGUUUUGCCGAACAACAGACAACUCUAUGAGAUUGUCCUCACCUACAGCUUUCACCAGCCUAAGAGCGGAGAGGUCACCCCCAGCUGUCCCAUGCUGUGUGAGCUUCUGUAUGAGUCUGAGUUUGACAGUCAGCUCUGGAUGCUGUUUGAUCAAAACAAGAGACUGCUGGGCUCAGGGGAUGCCUACCCACACCAGUAUUCUCUGAAGCUGGAAAAGGGAGACUACACUGUGCGUCUGCAGGUCCGCCACGAGCAGUCCAGCGAGCUAGAGCGCCUCAAGGACCUACCGUUUGUGGUGUCACACCGUCUGUCCACCACACUCAGUCUUGAUGUAUACGAGUCGCACCGUGCUGCCCUCAUGGCUAAGAAGAAGGCGAACUCUAUCACCUUGUGCCCGGGUGCCACCCAGCCCUUUUACAUAACAGCCCUGCCAGACGACAAGAUCCCAAAGGGGACGAGUCCAGGAUGCUAUCUUUCAGGCUCCCUGGUUGUUCCCAAGAGCGAGUAUGGCAAGAAAGCAGGGCAGGCCUCUGCAAAACGACAAGGAAAGUUUAAAAAGGAUAUCGUUUCAGUCAUCUACCACUUAAUUCCCGCUCCCAACAAAACAAAGAACGGAGGGAAGGAGAAGGACAAGGAAGCAGACAAAGAGAAAGACAUGAAGGAGGAGUUUGCAGAAGCCAUGAGAGACUUAAAGAUUCAGUGGAUGACAAAAUUGGACUCCAGCUCCAUCUAUGAUGAACUGAGGGAGAACUACCAAGAUUACCUCCCGCUACAUGUGCAAAGACUGCACCAGCUGGACUCUGAAAAGGAGCGUGUAAAACGUCUCAGGGAGGUGGCGUCAGCAGCCGACAUUGUCAUCUCCCACAUCGACCAGACGGCCUUGGCGGUUUACCUCACCAUGAAGACAGACCCUCGCCCUGAUGCCGCCUCAAUCAAGACUGACAUGGAGAAGCAAAAGUCGUCUCUGCUGGACGCUCUGUGCAGAAAGGGCUCCGCUCUCGCCGACCAGCUCCUGCUGCCCCCGGCGCCGCAGGACGGCGCUGGUGCUGUCUCCACAGGACAAUCUGCAGAGGAGGAAGUUGGAGAACAGGUGGCCAGCAGUUCUGACGACACCGUGCACAACGUGGUUAAAGCCCUGGCGGAUACGUUUUGGGAGGUGCAGAAGUGGGCGGAGCUAACUGACUCCAAGGUGUUGAUGUUUUCAUACAAACACGCUCUCGUGAACAAGAUGUAUGGCCGAGCCUUAAAAUACGCCUCAAAGAUGCUGGAGGAGAAGCCCAGCAAAGACAACAUGAAGAACUGCAUCCAGCUCAUGCGACACCUCCGAUGGACACACUGCGCCACCUUCAGUGAGAACUGGCUCCCCGUCAUGUACCCUGCAGAAUACACUCCAUUCUAGGCACAGACGCACAUGCAUGCAUGAGCAGCAUGGCCGUACGUGGUUCAUUACAUGGUAACUUCGAUAUCAUGUCCCUCAGGGUCACAUGGUCUAUGCAUCUGGUUUUUCAAAUUUCGAUGUAGGUGGACACCAACAUGGAGGACGAUGCUUAGUGUGAGCAGUUUGAGGCACUCGACACCUUCAAAGAUGAGAAGGGAUCGUGUUCGUCUUUAAAUGAACACGAUGGUUCAUUUGAAUGCCGCCAACAGAAAACAAGUUUAAAUUUUAAAAUGAUUCAGACUUUUGCCAAGGCUCGCUGACUGCAGCUCACUGCUUUCUUAGCUGGGUGUUGUCCUUUAUUUUGGUGUCAUCUACAAAUUUGGACGCUUUCACAUCUCCACUCACCCUCAGCUGUACAGACUCCAUAUCACAAAAAUAACGUCCUUCUAUCCUGUAAAUACUCUAAAAUGGCCAGUGCUCACUCCAGGGAUUCAAUGCAUCCCAAGUCUUUGAAAAACAAACUGUGGCCCCAUCUACUCACUUAAAAAAAAAAAACUGUCAUGAUGCUUCGGUGAGAAGACAGGAGGACUUGCUGCUGCACGAUGUUCGGACACCCGAAGGCACGCAGAGUCUGCCUGAUCCCUAAAUUAAAAAAGGAGACAGAACUUAAUAUCUUUUUCUCUUUGUUUUUAUGAUUGUUCCAGCCAGGCCGGGUUUGUCUGUCGUUUGAGGCUCUGACUCGUGUACGCAGAACACAAAACAGUAUUGAGGUGCCUUCCUACAUGUACCUUACCUUUUUCUGAUGGGAUGAAAACCAGUGCGAGGCUGCAGAAUCAGUAGUGUCAGCCAACAUUGCGGUCAUUUCACCCAUCAUCAGCCUUUGGUGUCAAAUGUUGCUAAAAAGCUGGUAUCUGCAGUAUGACGUGUCCUACACUGUAUGCAGGCCGUCAGUGAUUUGUCAGGUAAUAGUAAGCCACAUACACACUUGCUCGGCUUCUGCUUACCUCCAGAGGUGUUGGCCACCCGCCUCAUACUGCAGUUACCCAUGCAGCACAUUUGACGACCAUCUCAACAGACCUCACUUACAUACCAGAUGCAGUCGUGGGCAGUGGAAGGAUGUUCAGUUUUCAUUGUAAAAUGUUCGCGCAGUAUUAGACGUCUCUCUGCAGCAUUUAAAAAUGCUGCGUUUGUACACAGUGUCAUAAAAUGUACAUACACACAUAACAUAAAAGAUAUUAAGAUGCAAUAGGUAUAUAAUACAAAUAUUAUUCGAAUUGAUGUAUUUUGCAUAUAUGCAUGUCUUUUAGGAUGUAAGGAAGAGCAGUUUUAUUUGGAAGCAGAUUUUAGUGUGUUUCAAUUUGAAAGAUUUUUAAUCCCAAACAAGAUUAUGACGAUGAUCCACUGUUGUUCUUUUCAUGAGUGUGUGUUUGUGAACGACUUUAAGUGUCACUUGUGAGCAUAUUGUGUGUACGUGAACAUUUUCUCCCUAUAGAACUGAAACGAGAGCCAACUAGAGAGGGUUAAGCAUGAUUUAUGUUUUCUUCUAUACUUUUAUUUACUUUAAAGGACCGUGCCAGUGGUUUUGUAUUUUUAUCUGAUAAAUCGAAAGAACUUUACAACAGCUAAUCUUUUUGCAUAUGAUGUUAUUUUUUAAUAGAUUUUUCUAGGCAACUGUUUCAUUUCAAUAGAAUAUAAAGAAAGACCUCAAUGGUGAACACCAAGUCUGAGAAAUGUGUAAGGGCCUUUAAUGUACUCAUGUUUAAAUAUGGUAAAACUGUGGUUCUAUAUCAACACUUAUUUCGGUUUGUGCAGUCUCAGUGAGUUGAGGUUGUACGGCACAUUAUUUCUGAGCACUAAUCAGGAUUAAACAAUAUUUCAGUCAAAA